AUGAGCUCUUCGGAGGACGACGCACCCCUCAUGCGCGCCAAUGGACGUGGUAAAGUUUCUCCAAAGUCCCCCGAGAUAGUCAUGGGAGAUUCCGGCCCUGCUACGAAUGGCCAUGUUGAUCCUGGAAUAUCUAUCCGAUUCGGUCCCGUGGAAGACAAGGACGUGAAGAUGGAGGACGAAGAAGGCGACGCGCUAGGACCCAGUAAGCGCAAGUCUCGCACCAGUGUGGGCGAAAAGAAGUCAUAUGCAGAAGCAGAGAGUAGUGAAGAAGAUGAGCCUUUGCGUCGCUCUCGGUUGAAGCGUCUGACCAUUCGACAGAGCAAACGCCGGCGUACGUCCGUGAAACAUGAAGACCCCGAAACCGAUGAUGAUGUGCCCCUGGCACGUAACGGACGAAAACUCCCCAAGCCCGCCGAAACAUCCAUUGGGGAUGAGUCUUCUGAUUCAGAUGUUCCCAUCGAGCGAAAGCUUGCUGCGCAAAAGAUGAAUAUCGAACAAACGGCGGAAAAAGAUGCCAAAGCUGCGCGCAAACCCGCUGCAACAAAGAAGGAGGCUAAGCCUGCAGCGGCCAAGAAACAAACGAAUGGUGUCAAAAAAGAGCCCGCUGCCAGCAAAGCUGCUCCCAAGAAGGUAAAGGCUGAACCCGCUUCCGCAAAGAAGGGCAAAGCCAAGACUGCUGUGAAGACAGAAAGCCAGGAUGCGGAAGAAAAGGAGGAGGAGGAGGACGAGUACCGCUGGUGGGAGGACCAGAGCAAGGGCGAUGGAACUAUCAAGUGGACAACUUUGGAACAUAACGGUGUUGUGUUCCCUCCUGAAUACGAACUGCUACCCAAGAACGUCAAGAUGAAGUAUGAUGGUGUUCCGAUCUCUCUUGAACCCGAGGCCGAAGAAGUUGCUGGUUUCUUCGGAACUAUGCUCAACUCAACUCACAAUGUCGAGAACCCUGUCUUCCAGAAGAAUUUCUUCAGUGAUUUCAAGGAUGUCAUCAAGAAAACCGGCGGAGCGAAGGAUUCCAAGGGCAACAAGGUGGAUAUCAAGGAGUUCGCCAAAUGCGACUUCAAGCCCAUCUUCGAAUUCUACGACGCUCAGCGCGAAGAGAAGAGAAAUUUGCCACCGGCGGAGAAGAAAGCCGCCAAGGCACUGAAGGACGAGCAAGAGGCCUCGUACCAGUUCUGUACGUGGGAUGGUCGAAAGCAGAAAGUGGGUAACUUCCGGGUAGAGCCGCCUUCUCUGUUCCGUGGCCGCGGAGAGCACCCUAAAACUGGACGUGUCAAAACACGCGUGCUACCUGAGCAGAUCACCAUCAACAUCGGCAAGGAGGCAAAGGUUCCUCCCCCUCCUCCUGGCCACAAGUGGAAGGAGGUCAAGCACGACCAGGAAGGCACUUGGCUUGCUAUGUGGCAAGAAAACAUUAAUGGUAACUACAAGUACGUCAUGUUGGCCGCCAACUCCGAUGUCAAGGGACAAAGCGAUUACAAAAAGUUCGAGAAAGCCCGUGAGCUCAAGAAGCAUAUUGAGAAAAUCCGCAAAGAUUACCAGAAGAACCUCAAGCACGACAUGAUGGUUGAACGGCAGAAGGCCACCGCAGUCUAUCUUAUUGAUCAAUUUGCCCUACGUGCUGGAAAUGAGAAAGGCGAAGAUGAGGCCGAAACAGUUGGCUGCUGUUCUUUGAAGUAUGAGAACGUGACACUGAAGCCUCCAAACACUGUUGUCUUUGAUUUCUUGGGUAAGGAUAGCAUUCGGUUCUAUGAUGAAGUGCAGGUCGAUCUGCAAGUUUUCAAGAACCUGAAGAUCUUCAAGAAAGCGCCUAAGAAGAACGGUGACGAAAUUUUCGACCGCCUUACGACUUCUGCCCUCAACAAGCACCUUGCCAACUACAUGACAGGUCUGACCGCCAAGGUUUUCCGUACCUACAACGCGUCUUAUACCAUGGGUUGCGUUCUCAAUGAGAUGAAGGCCACCGGUGGUACCAUUGCUGAGAAGGUGAAAGCAUACAACGAUGCUAACCGUAAGGUUGCCAUCUUGUGUAAUCACAAGCGCACCGUUACUGCGGGCCAUGCCAAUGCAAUGGAAAAGAUGGGUGAACGGAUUAAGGGACUCCGCUAUCAGAAAUGGCGUCUGAAGCAGCAAAUGCUUGACUUGGAGCCAACCUUGAAGAAAAAGAAGGGUGCAGAGUUCUUCGCGAUUGAUGAAGAUCUCGAUCAAGAAUGGAUCCAAGAACAUCAAGCGUUCCUGAUUGAGGAGCAGCGAACAAAGAUCAGCAAAAAGUUCGAGAAAGACAAUGAAAAGCGCGUUGCUGAUGGCGAGAAGGAAAUGAAGGCUUCCGAACUCGAGGAGCGGCUGCAGGUCAUCAAGGAGCUGGAGAAGAAGUUCAAGAAGGAGAACAAGACCGGCAAGGUUGAGGCUGAGGCUAGAGGCGCCACGGUUGAAAAGCUCGAGGGCGCCAUCGCCAAGAUCGACCAGCGAGUCGAGACAAUGACCGUCCAGGCUCAGGACAAAGAGGAUAACAAGGAGGUUGCCCUGGGUACCUCGAAGAUUAACUACAUCGAUCCUCGCCUCACGGUUGUCUUCAGCAAGAAGUUCGACGUUCCCAUCGAGAAGUUCUUCUCCAAGGCGCUGCGUGAAAAGUUCGAAUGGGCUAUCAAGUCCGUUGAGGAAGACUGGGAAUUCUGA